AUGAGUUCCUCUCCGGUUGGCUCUCGUGUGUCUGUGGACAUCCUAGAGGAGCUGCAGGUGUUUGCAGCCCAGAACCUGGAGAAGGUUGAGGUCAACAAGUACUAUGAGGUGAUCCGGGAACUGGGGAAAGGCACCUAUGGGAAAGUGGACCUGGUCAUUCAUAAAAUCAGAGGUACCAAGAUGGCUCUGAAGUUUCUUAAGAAGAAAACAACGAAGCUAAAGAGUUUUCUGAGAGAGUACAGUAUCUCUCUGUACCUCUCUCCAUGUCCCUUCAUAAUCAACAUGUUUGGCAUUGCGUUCGAGACAGAGGAUUACUAUGUGUUUGCGCAGGAGUACGCCUUAGCAGGAGAUCUGUUUGACAUCAUUCCUCCACAGGUGGGACUUCCGGAACCUGUGGCCAAGCGCUGCGUCCACCAGGUAGCCAUCGCCUUAGACUACCUCCACUGCAAGAAGCUGGUGCACCGCGACAUCAAGCCAGAAAACGUGCUGAUCUUUGACAGGGAGUGUCGCAAGGUGAAGCUGUCUGACUUUGGGAUGACACGGCGGGCUGGGUCUCCUGUAAAGCGAGUGAGUGGCACCAUCCCGUACACAGCACCCGAGCUGUGCGAUGCUGCGGCCCGUGACGGCUUCCGUGUAGACUAUGGCACAGAUGUGUGGGCUUUUGGUGUGCUGCUGUUCUGCAUGCUAACGGGAAACUUCCCCUGGGAGAAGGCCAUGCCCUCAGAUGCCUUCUACGAGGAGUUUGCACGCUGGCAGUGGCGCAGGACGACCGUGGUGCCCUCACAGUGGCGCCGCUUUAGCGAUGGGGCACUGCAGAUGUUCCGUAAGUUGCUAUCCCUGGAGCCAGAGCGCCGGUGCCAGGUCAAGGAGGUGUUUGCACACUUUGGCCACCGCUGGAUGCUGGAUGGAGAAGGAGGAGGCAGUCUUCAUCAGGGAACACUGAGCUCUUCCUCAGAGGAGGAGGAGGAGCAGCUGGUGGACCGCAUGAAGCAGCAGACACUGUCUCCAGAGGGUAGUGGUGCGAAGAAUGGAGCAGCAGAGGCAGGAACAGCCGCCCACCACUUCACCUCUGUUUCUACCAACAGCUCUGUGUCAUCUACCAACAGCUAUGAACGUGUUCCCAGGGACAAUGCUGCCAACGGCCGUAUCCUGGUCACAACCCCCAUAGAGAUCUGUGUGUAGAGAUCCAGUACACCACUUGUACUCCAGUGGUCACCAACCCUAUGCCUAGACAACUACCAUUGCAGUUAUGUUUCUUGAAAUUGUAAUAAGCAAUGCAGUAGAGGACUCUAAGUUAAGGACAUGUUUUACAACUUUGGGCUUGGGCUUGGUUUGUUUCCUAAUAGGGGAUUAUUAUUUUACAUAUAGCUUUAGAUGGCAGUUAGAUGUAGUCACAUUUUGGGUGAUUAGAGGGAUGUACUGUACUACAUUGGUAGAAAGGCUUAUUAGAUUUUGUGCUUUUGUGUGUUGAGCAUUUCUGCAAAUAUAAUAGCAAGUGGAACUUUACCGCACUGGGGAGCUCAUUGGGAGACAUGAAAAACAAGAUAAAUAGCAGUGCUGGAGUUAAUAACAGAGCAGCCAUCCUAGAUGGGGUUCCAUCACAAACCUUUUCAGCUACAACAUCAUAUGAUCUUGUCACAAAGGUUCUUCAACACGAUGUAUUUACAACUUGUGUAAUAAAAUUAUAUCUGAGAGAUAAUUUUCAUACUGUAGCCUUAAAUGAUGUCAGUAACAGAUAUUGAGAAGGCACAUAUCACCAAUAAUAAAUAACAAUCAAUAUAUCUAUAUAUCAUUUAGCAUGACUUCCCAACACCUCAUACAGCUCAUAUAUCACCAGUUCUCUGAAGUUGGUAACUAGUAGUUUGAAUCUAGAUCUCUAAAAGGAUGCUUGGUGACCACUGCUGUACACAAACUACUAUAUAAUUUCCUAUCUGAGUAAUACAUAUGUUUCCCUACUUCCACAACCUAAUACAGAAUAAUGAAGAACAACCUGACGCUACUGAGUGCGAUUCAACAGUGAAACAAAGCAAAAAAUUUGAUCAACUCUCCAGAGACUGAAGCUGAUUUUUGCUUGUGAUUCGUGUCUUUUUAUGUACAGUUAGAGUGAGACUACAUUGCACUCUUUAGGGAAUGACUUCAGUACAGUCUCUGACUGUCUUAGAGUGCACCUCCUCAAGUGGAAAUCUUGAAAGGAGCCAUGGGCAUGCUGGAUCAACCAGGAUCAGAAAACAAUGGAAAAGCAUGAGCUACACAAAGUAGGCCAAAUUGUGCUAGAAAAUGGCUGAUUUAAAGGAGCGAUUAGGGCUAGAUCAAAACAGAUUAAUAAGCAAUACAUGAUGCAAAAAAUGAAUAAAAGGAACCGGCCUGGGAGGACAAUGAUGAUCACUUUGGAACAAAAAAAAAAGUCACAUUGGCUCCUUGUGGUGGAAAUGGUGGUAUGGAAAAAAACUUCCAUUUGAUGUUGUCAGGAAAAUCUUUUUUGAACAUGUGACAAGAAUACGAAAAGACUUUGCUGUACACAAAAUGUUAAAAAAGUAUGUGUGUGGGUGUGUGUUUGAGUGUAUUUGUAGGUUUUUGUGAGUACGGAGUAGAAGUUUUGUUAUUUUGAGUAUUACUUUAGAUUGAUCUAACUUAUUUGAGCUCUCGAUAUUCAGAAGUAUAUUUUUUCUAUUUAUUUAUAUGUAGUUUCAUGUUUUCCAUUUAAGUUAUUUUGGUACUUUGUUGACCUGCCUGUGCCAAAUCUAGCAGGCAUUGUGCAGCCACACUGCAGUGUGAAAAACCUCUUCAUUUCCUACUAAAAUUUGAAAUAAGCCUUUUAUGACAGAGAGUGUUAAUAAACUGCUAAUGGUACUUGACUAAAAGUAGUGGCUCAUAGAGUUCAUGUCAGUGAAGGGACAUGGACCCUACAACCCACUGUGUUAUGUUAUUUUAGCAGAUUAAUCCAGAUUCUUCUGAAAGCUAAAGCUAUUUUAUCAUGUAAUUGUAAUCCAUACUGAGCCAACUUUAGUGUUGUGUAUUACCUUUUGGUCAAAGUGGCUCCAGUGACCUCUGGUGACCUCUUUUACAAUAAAAGCUAACGACUGGUUAUGAUUUCAUUGUGUGAUAGAAGUCCAGAUAUUUAGUGGAUUUUCUCUUGGUAUUGUACUGUAAUUUUACUGUUUCUCUAGGAAAACACCCAUAAUGGGAAUUGUGGCCCAAUGCUAAUAUCUGAUAUAUUUCUUAUUCAUAUCAACUGAUUCUAAUGCAUAAAAUACAUAUUAGGACUGCACGAUAUUGGACGAGAAAAAAAAAACUGGCAUUGCAAUAUACCAGAACUCAAUGAUCUAAAAUAUCACAAUAUUAUUAAUGCACUCUGCGUAUCCAGUUUUGAUGUAAAAUGAACAAUACUGGUGAGAUAAAAAUAAUCAUAGAAUUGUCAUGUAAACUGAGAAUAAUUUGUCAUUUCUUUGACAUCAAGCAGAAUAAUGUAAAAAAAAAAAAAAUUUGACAUUGCACAAAAACCUCCUACAUAUAAUAGAGAUUAGGUCUAAAUCCACCUGGAUCAGUUUUAUAAAGAAAUAUAACAUCACGCCAAAACCUUGUAUCUCCAUUUUUGCUGUUUUUGUUCACUUUUAAUGCAUUUUAAAUCUGCCAGUUCUUUUUUUUUUGUCAAAAAUUCACAAUAAAUGAACAAAUAGAAAUGCAGUUGAAACGAAUCUUCUACAUUGACUUCUAUUGAAAAUAAAGAUAUUUUUACUUCUACUGUAAAGCUCAUGUUUUUAGAGAUACAAGGUUUUUAUGUGACUGCUGUGUUUAUUUGUAAAGGGUUAAUGCAGUUAGAUGCAACACAUCAUCUAAACAUUCUGUUCUUCCGGAGUGCAAUAAAUAUGUCAGCAAAUAUCAGUAAAAUAUUAAAACCUGUCCACUUUUUUUAAAGCAAUUAUCUGCCGAUAAGGAUAUGAUUGUUGGUAGUGAGAAUGCUCUCAUUAUGAUGUCGUGAGACUGUUGGGCUGCAUUUUGCUUACCAGCCCUUCGAGACAAACAUAUCUACAGGAAGAUUUACAGGUUGAGAACUCAUAUUUUACUACUGUAUAUUCUUAAUUUGCUGUAAUAAUUUGUUUUUUUGUUUACCCUUGAUUAGCGAAUUGUUGUGAAUUUUAUUUCAGUAUAAUGAUUUGAAUUCAAAAGAGAAACUAAACAUACUGGGGUGUACACAAUCACGUCUACUAGUUGCAUGAAUAUUUGAGAAACCAAAACAAGCAUCCUUACUGGGAAAGAUUAGUUACGAAGAUCUGACCGUUAAGUGAAUUUUAUUUUUGCUGUAGCACAAUUUCUUGCAUAAUGUUCCAGAAUGAAAUCAUUGUUAUGAAACAACUUAGGGCUAAAAUCAACACAAGAUGAUGUUAGUUUUUAACGUGUUCUAUUUGUGCAUUGUUGUUCUUGUUGUUGUACUUGUUGUUGUGUUACUGUCUUCCUAAAACUUAAGGACUAAGUUCCAGAGUACUGACUGGCACAGUAACUGGGGUUCUUCCACAGAAGAAUCUAUUUUUUUGUUCAUAUUGCCCUGAAAAACUGGAUAAUUGCUACUCUUCUGUGUAUAUUCAUGUGUGUUAUUUAUUUUCCCUAUGAUGUGUGCAUGAACUUAAAUUUAUCUGUGCUGGAAACAUCUUCUGAAAAAAAAGAAAAGAAAGGUCUCUCAGUCUACAGAAAGGGGCUGGAUCUACUGUACAGCAAUCAGCACAGAUAUUACCAUCUGUCACCUUCUGAAAAUUGUGUGCAGCUGUGGCCAUGUUGGUAGAACAUGCAGUGUACCAGACACAAAGACCCUCAGAGCAAAGUGCUUUUGCCAUUUUUUAGUUUAGAAUAAAAAAAGUGAUUGGCCACCUCCAGUGGACCUUCACUCAGUCAGCACCAAACCCCUGACCCUCUGUCCACUUCUGUCUUUGCAAUACUACUGUCUUCCUGUUCAAAGUUUAUUAAAAGCAAGUUUAAAAAGUA